CGCGCAACAAAACAGAUGCAGCACGCGAGAGGAGCGCGCUGCAGUGACAGUAGGAAACUACAGUCCGCGUGAAGCCAGCGCGAGGAAGAGACGCUGUGACAAGAGAUGUGCUGAUGACUGACCAAGCUACACUUUGGAGUAAAUGAGACAAGCUUACGUCUGCAGAAGAUGCCCUUCACUGCUCAUUUGCCAAGUUUGGAGGACGCUAUGGAAGAUUGUGCCUACAGUGGAUUGUUAAGGUUGUUCUGAGAUCGGUGGUUUUAUCAGCAGGGUCUCUUGGCAGCAGAGGGGGCUGUUAUGUGGCCCCCUGACCUCGGCCCUCCAGACGUGCAGCUCACUCUUCCCAGUUUUGGGAGUGUGUUCGAGGAUGCCGAGGAGCUUCAGGCGCCGCUAUCCUUCGGGGGCCUCUGCCAGUCCUCGCUACAUUCAGGAGGACUGUGCUCUCUUCCUAGGACCUCGCUGGGAUGCAACCCCAAUUCUCUGCCUAUAUGUAAGACAGUCGGACACCACUUAGAAAAGACAGUGGAGGAUUUUGUCAUUACGGGUCAAACAGACCUGAAAACCAACACUCAGAGGGUCAGCUGCUACCCUCAGCCCUCCCUUCCCAUCCCCUACCUACUGACCAGUUGUGCCCAGUCUCCAUCUUUCGAAUCGCUACCUUCAUCCCUUUCCUCUUCUUCAUCGCCCUCAGUUCUUACUUCACACAUGCCUUAUUCUGAUUAUCAUCGCAAAGUGUCUUCUCAAGAAAGUAAUCUACAUGAUGAUUACUGUUCAAUUAAACAAGAACCUUCAGACGAUUUCUCACCAUGUAAAAGGGAACCGUUUAAUGUAAGCAAUCAGCAGGGGGAGCUUUUCCGUCCAGGCCAGCAUCCGCAGGGUAACAAUGCUCAGGAUAUAAGGCAGUCCCCUCUUCACUCCCCCAGCCUCAGUAGACUAGCAGGACAAGACCGGGCGUUGGACCAGCAGGAGCAGUCAUGUCAUUGGAUCGACUGCAGUGCCACGUACGGCAGCCAGGAGGAGCUGGUGAGGCACAUUGAAAAAGUGCACAUUGAUCAGCGUAAAGGGGAGGAGUUUGCAUGUUUCUGGACUGGCUGUGUCAGACGGAACAAACCCUUCAACGCUCGCUAUAAGCUGCUCAUCCACAUGAGGGUCCAUUCUGGAGAAAAACCCAAUAAGUGCAUGUUUGAAGGCUGCUCCAAGGCAUUUUCACGUCUGGAGAACCUGAAGAUCCACUUAAGGAGCCAUACAGGAGAAAAACCAUACAUCUGCCAACAUCCUGGCUGCCUGAAGGCCUUCAGCAACUCCAGUGACCGGGCCAAACACCAGCGCACCCACCUGGACACGAAGCCGUAUGCCUGUCAGAUUCCUGGGUGUACCAAGCGUUACACAGAUCCCAGCUCAUUAAGGAAGCACGUCAAAGCUCAUUCUGCCAAAGGCCUGCAGGAGAGGGAGGUCAAGGCUCACGUGCAUGCCGUAUUGGAAUCUGACAUUUUGAGCGAUUGCUUGGCGAGGCAGCAUCUCCACAGCUCAGCCUGUUCCCACCAGGAAAACAGCUCGCCUCUACCAGCCUUGGAUGAGUUCACAGGUGUUUACACAACCAGCAGCUCAUCUCACAGCAGCAGGAAUCCAGAGCUGAUGCCACCAUCUGCAGAUAGCCGCUCUUGUUACCGAGGACUGGAGGGCAACUUUGAUGCUAACAGUCCGGUGUCUUCAAUGACGAGCAAGGGCAGCAUGAGAGAUGGGCACAGAUCAACACCCAUGUUCGAGUCUGCAGACCUUCAGCCAGUGAGUUCUUCCUCAGAGAAAUGCAACAUUCAGCUGCAAGGUUUCCAGAAAACCUACAACCAACAGCAGCCAGUGUUUCUACAGCAACAGCCAGAAUGUACCUAUCAAGAAGGAAAGGUAGUUCCUCCAGCCAGCAACAGAGGCUUUGAACCUGCCAGCUUCUUCCCAAACCCAUCCGCCUCUCACCCUGGAGGGUUUGACUUGCUGCAGGACAUGCAAGCCCAAGUCGAGGACCUUUACUCCUCAUCUCCGUGCCCAGAGGACAGCUUCCUCUUUCAGUGUGGAGGUGUGGACCGCUGCCUCAGUCAGAUCUACUCUAUCUACUUGGAUUCAUGAUGAAAAACUGUAAAGUCCAAAUGAAAUGCUCUCUAUAAUAAAGGAUCAUUAACGAUAGGUAAUAUCUGCUGCACUUCCUUGAAGAAUUUAUAGAGAGGUUGUUGUUUUUUUCUCUCCUUGUACAAAAAUAACCGGAGAGAAGGAAACUUUCAAGCAAACUGGCAUGCAUGAUUGACCAACACAGAACAUCUGGUAACAAUAUACAGAUGUAAAUAGCGGCGAACUUUGUAUUCAGAGAUGACCGAAGCAUUUGUUAUCUGGAUGAAAUGAGCUACAGUACUUGCUCCAUAUUCAUCUCUCCCUCCCUCAGCAAUGCCAAAUUCAGCAAUUGUGAAUGUUCCUGCUUACACAACACAGCAAACUGCUGUAUAACUCAGAUUUCCUGCAGCUGGAGUCCAUAAAUAAUUGUCAACAGAUUUUAACAAAAGUCAGUAACUAUUUAAGGCUCCUAGGAAGAACUUUUCCCAUUAUGUGAAUGAGAAGGACAGUUAAACAUUAACAGGAGCUUCAUUUUAAGAGAACAAAAAGCAUCACUAAUCAUGCAAAAUACAUAUUCUAGUAAUCUUUACAGAUUGAUCAGCAAAACAUGAAAAAUGCCUUUUUAAACAAGAUAUUAUUUUAGCAUUCCCUAAUAAUUUUAUUUAUUUCCUAGUUUGACAACAAAUGUGAUUUAAAUUGUUGUAGUUAAUAUAUGUAAUUCUUCCCAGCUAUCAUAAAACAAUGAUAUAUACAUAUUUAGAGAUCUAAAUAUGUGUUAUUAGAUUGAAAGCUGUUCAAACAAGUUGAACCAAAUAUAACUAUGGGAUAUAAACUGCCUACAGUGUCACUGGAGAGUAUUCACUCCCCUUCACUUAUUCCACACUUUGUUGCAUUACAGAUUUAUUUAAAUGAAACCGUAAAUUAUGAAGAUCAACACAAAGUACAUCCUACUGAUGAGGCAAAAGCUUUUUUAGAACUAUGGGCCUUUAUUUUUUAUUUAAACCUUUGAUGAUCCACAUUUUAUUGGUAUAGACAUCCAUGACUUAGUCAUUUUUCCAAGCAACUUUAGCAGUAAUUCAGGACCUCACGGUAACUACACUGUUUUGAAAACUCUGUAAAGGAUGAAUUUGAUAGAAAGUCUGAAUAAGCAUGCUAAAAAAAAAUCUCAUUGCUAUUAUUUGCUUUGGUUUUAAACUCAAAAACAAAAAUCAGAGACUACAGCAACUUAUACAAACAUUUAGUUGGGCCGUGUCAGUUCUUUUCAACCAGAUCCCUGGUUCUUAAACUUGGUCUAAAUUUGAUGCCAAAUAAUUGUUAUUCCAACUUUGGGGAUUUUUUUCAUACAAAAUUCUGUUUCUAUUCAAUGCCGUUUUAUUUAUUUAGCACCGAUUCACAACACAUGUCAUCGUAAGACACUUUAAAGAGAAAAUUCAAUCAUUCUAGACAGGUUGGUUGAAGGUUUUCUACCUAAGUAAACCCAGCUGACAGGAAUUGAAUCAUCAACUAACAUUUUGAAUAAAGAUAUCAUAGAUUGCACACUAUAAUGUUAAGACUGUGUUGAAUGUAGGAUAAUGUAUUCCAGAAUUGACAUUCUGAGCCCCAAACAAAAGAAAUAGAGCUAAUUCCAGUGUCUUCAUAUGUCAAGAGAAGCAGAGAAAUAUCACCAAUUUGAAGCCAAACCAAACAGCAUGUUUUUUAAACAUUUUGAGGAGAAGCUGAUGAGACCCAAAGUUAAAGAUCUUGCACAAAAAAUUUAAAAAGAGAAUGAGUCUGUAAAAUAAUGGACUUUUUGUUUGGAAUCUGUUAUCUUUUACUAUUAUUUUCUGCAUAUUCUUCCAGUGCCUGUAUGAUUGGAUGGAUAGAGAUGCGUGUGUGAAAUUUUUUGGCCUUUCUGAUGUCCUGAUUUUACUGUUAGCUUUCAAGUUUUAAAACUUUAAAAAGUUAACUCACUUGUUUCCAGACCUGAAGCUGCACAAAAGUGAGUUAUUGCCGCCCCCUAGUGUCUAAGUGAAUGUACUGAAAAGCUCUUUAAACUAAAGUAAAAAAAAAAAAAA